UAACUUAACUUCAAAGGAAAAGAGAAUUGAAGAUCACCAAAAUCCACCAGCAGCACAAACCAACGGUGUGUCGGUGGAAUAAAAUUCGUUAACAUCUGAAUCGAUCUGAAUCAAUGAGAGGAAUGCAAAACUUACCAACAAUGGAUCUGUUGCGAUCAGAGCCAAUGCAGUUAGCUCGGAUCAUUAUUCCCUUUGAAUCUGCUCAUCAAACUGUUUCUUAUCUUGGUGACUUAGGCCUUUUUCAGUUUAAAGAUCUCAAUGCAGGAAAGAGUCCAUUCCAGAGGACAUUUGCUACUCAGAUUAAAAGGUGUGGAGAGAUGGCACGUAAGCUACGUUUUUUCAGGGAUCAAAUGACAAAGGCUGGCCUUUUAGUCUCUACAUGGUCUGCAUAUGGCUCAGAAAUUAGUCUAGAUGAACUGGAGGUGAAACUUGGAGAACUUGAAUCUGAGCUGAUUGAGAUGAACGCUAACACUGAAAAGCUACAGCGUGCUCAUAAUGAACUUCUGGAAUAUAAGCUUGUUUUGCAAAAGGCUGGUGACUUUUUCCAUCAUGCUCAAAGAAGUGCUGCAGUAGAACAAAGAGAAUCUGGCGAACAUCGCCUUGGUGAAGGAUCCAUGGACAGUCCUUUGUUAUUAGAACAAGAAAUGACAACUGAGCUUUCGAAACAAGUUAAACUGGGGUUUAUAAGUGGCCUUGUCCCAAGAGAUAAAGCAUUGGCCUUUGAAAGGAUCCUAUUUCGUGCAACCAGGGGUAAUGUCUUCUUGAAACAAAAUGUUGUGGAAGAGAGUGUCACCGAUCCCAUGCAAGGAGAGCAGGUGGAGAAAAAUGUGUUUGUUGUCUUUUACUCUGGAGAAAGGGCAAAGAACAAGGUGUUAAAGAUAUGUGAUGCAUUUGGAGCAAAUCGUUAUCCCUUUGCAGAUGACAUAGGAAAACGAUACCAAAUGAUUACUGAGGUAUCCGAAAAACUUUCAGAGUUAAAAACUACCAUUGAAGUUGGAACAUUGCACUGGAGCAGUGUUGUACAGUCUAUUGCUAAUCAAUUUGAACAGUGGAACAAUAUGGUGAAGAAAGAGAAAUCUACCUACCACACCUUGAAUAGUCUAAGUUUUGACGUGACCAAGAAAUGCCUCGUUGCUGAAGGAUGGUGUCCUGUUUUUGCUACAACUCAGAUCCAAACAGCUUUGCAGCGGGCAACAAUUGACAGUAAUUCACAGGCUGGAGCCAUAUUCGAGAUUCUGCAUACUAAGGAAUCACCACCCACAUAUUUUCGUACAAACAAAUUUACUUCUGCUUUUCAAGAAAUUGUAGAUGCUUAUGGGGUGGCAAAGUACCAAGAAGCAAAUCCUGGUCUUUUCACAGUUGUUACUUUCCCUUUUCUAUUUGCGGUCAUGUUUGGGGACUGGGGCCAUGGUAUAUGCUUGUUUCUCGCCACACUAUUUCUUAUUCUGAGGGAAAAGAAAUAUUCUAGUCAGAAGCUAGGAGACAUCAUGGAAAUGGCAUUUGGCGGUCGUUAUGUUAUCAUAAUGAUGUCAAUUUUUUCAAUCUACACGGGACUUAUAUAUAAUGAGUUCUUCUCUGUCCCAUUUGAACUCUUUGGGCGCUCAGCGUAUGAUUGCCGUGAUUCUUCCUGCAGGGAUGCUACUACAAUAGGAAUGAUCAAGGUACGGGACACCUAUCCAUUUGGUGUAGAUCCUAUGUGGCAUGGAACUCGCAGUGAAUUACCAUUUCUUAACUCACUGAAGAUGAAAAUGUCAAUCUUACUGGGAGUGGCUCAGAUGAAUCUUGGAAUCAUUUUGAGUUACUUCAAUGCAAAGUUUUUCCGAAAUGACAUAAACAUUUGGUACCAGUUUAUUCCCCAGAUGAUAUUCUUGAACAGUUUGUUUGGCUACCUUUCACUACUCAUCAUUGUGAAAUGGUGUAUCGGUUCUCAAGCUGAUUUAUACCAUGUAAUGAUAUAUAUGUUCCUGAGUCCUACAGAUGAUUUAGGGGAGAAUCAGCUUUUCUGGGGCCAAAAAUAUAUUCAGAUACUACUAUUAUUGCUAGCACUAGUUGCUGUACCGUGGAUGUUAAUCCCCAAGCCACUUCUAUUGAAGAAGCAACAUGAGAAAAGGCACCAAGGCCAAGCUUAUGCGCCACUUCACAGCCUUGAUGAUAAUCUUGAGUCAGAUUUGGAGGAUGGCGAUGACAAAUCUCAUGGUGAACAUGAGGAAUUUGAGUUUAGUGAAGUUUUGGUGCAUCAAUUAAUACAUACUAUUGAAUUUGUUCUUGGUUCAGUGUCUAACACAGCUUCUUAUCUACGUCUUUGGGCUCUAAGUCUAGCACAUUCAGAGCUUUCGAGUGUAUUUUAUGAAAAGGUCCUGCUACUUGCUUGGGGCUACAACAACGUGUUCAUACUGAUAAUUGGCAUCAUCGUUUUUAUUUUUGCAACCGUGGGUGUACUCCUGGUGAUGGAGACUUUGAGUGCCUUCCUGCAUGCGCUGAGGCUUCACUGGGUAGAAUUCCAGAACAAGUUCUACGAUGGAGACGGUUACAAAUUCUGUCCGUUUUCAUUUGCUUCAAUUAGUGAAGAAGAAGACUGAUAUGCAAUUUUUUUUGAAGCAUUUCAUGCAUUCUAUACUUCAGUAUAUUCUUUCACAUUGGUUACUUGAAGGUGGGGUAUUAUUUUUUUUCUUUUUCUUUUACAUAUAUAGGUUUUCUUUGUAUUUAUGUGCAUUUCUUACCACAACAUAUAUAGCAUGUAUAAUUGCCAUUGCAUUCAUUACUAUUCAAUGCAUGUAAAAUCAUGAUUGAAUGAGCCAAAAAUGUAAUGUUAUGCUACCCACAUAUUUGAAGUGA